CUACUCAGUUCUACUUUGUGUUACAAGCAGUAAACAUGAUUCUUGUACUAGUAGCGUUAUUGGUAAUUCUUGUAUACUAUUUCGGUACCCGGAACCACGACUACUGGGCCAAGAGGAACGUCAAGCACGACCCGCCCGUGUUCCUAUUCGGAAACAACUUCAAGGGCUUCUUCGGACGGAAAAGCUUUUCAGAGGUAGCCAAUGACUUAUACAACCGGUUCCCUAACGAGAAAGUUGUCGGUUACUACAGAGGAUCCACUCCCGAGCUGUACAUAAGAGACCCAGAUAUAGUGAGGAAUAUAUUAAGCAAUGACUUCGCAUAUUUCUAUCCACGGGGCCUCGGCAGGAAUACGGAGGUGGAGCCGUUGCUAGCGAAUCUGUUCCACGCAGACGGCGACCUGUGGAAGCUGAUGCGGCAGCGGCUGACGCCGGCGUUCACCACCGCGCGACUGAAGGCGAUGUUCCCGCUGGUGGUACGGUGUGCGGAGCGGCUGCAGGGCGUGGCACGCGCGGCUGCGGUCCGCCCCGGCGCCUGCGACGUGCGCGAACUCAUGGCGCGCUUCACCACCGACUUUAUUGGCGCCUGCGGCUUCGGCGUCGAGACCGACUCACUUCGCAACGAAGACUCCCAUUUCAGAAAGAUCGGCGGGCUCAUAUUUAUCAGACCGGUCCCGAUCGUAAUAAAGCACAUGAUGUGGGAACUUUUCCCUCCGCUAAGAUCCUACAUUCAUGUAUCGGAUCGGAAACUCGAUGAAUCUCUUUUUGAUUUCGUAAAGAAUAUAAGAGAUGUUAGGCAAUGCAAGCCCUCCGGCCGCCAUGAUUUCAUAGACCUGCUCCUGGAAUUAGAAGUCAAGGGAAAGAUCGUAGGAGAAUCAAUUGAGCACCGGAACCCGGACGGGACGCCUGUGACUGUGGACAUGGAAAUGGAUUUGAAAAUGAUGGUAGCCCAAGUGUUCAUAUUCUUUGCCGCGGGUUUUGAGACGUCCUCAUCGGCCACAAGUUAUACUUUGCACCAGCUCGCGUUUGAACCUGAAUUACAAUUAAAAAUACAAUUGGAGAUCGACGAAGUUCUAAAGAAAUAUGAUAAUAAAUUGUGCUACGACGCCGUGGCGGAGAUGACGCUACUGAGCAUGGCUUUCAAAGAGGCACUAAGGAUGUUUCCGUCGCUGGGCGUGCUGAACCGCAAGUGCGCUCGACCUUACACGUUCCCUGAGCUGGGGCUGACCGUGGACCCCGGAGUGAAGAUCGUGGUGCCGGUGGAGGCCCUGCAGAACGACGAGAAAUACUUCGACAACCCGCGGGAUUUCCAACCUGAGCGGUUCACUCCUGAGGAAGUGAAGAAGCGACACAAAUACGUAUAUUUACCCUUCGGCGAUGGACCCAGGGCGUGUAUAGGUUCGCGUCUCGGAGAGAUGCAGUCGCUGGUUGGCCUAGCAGCGGUCUUGCAAGUAUGCAGGAUAGCACCAGCGCCGACCACAAGACGGGUGCCGCCUGUGGACUCGACGUCUAAUGUCGUGCAGGCCGUGAGAGGCGGGCUGCCGCUCCAGCUCACAGUCAGGCAAUGA